AUGUUCGCAUCCGACCCGCAGCGGUCUGCUCGCCCUGAAGUGAACGUUGUCGUCUGCACCGACGAGUACGGGUGCGGGCGCUGGUAUCAUCGCGGCCGCAAUGCUGACGCCGUGCUGAGCGAUCUUCGCUCCGCCGCACACCGCGUGGGCGGCGAACGCGUGCAGGUCACCACGGCCGGUUGCAUUCUCGGCUGCACCUACGGGCCGCGUUUCGAUGUCGUCCGCCGUUGGUCCGGCGAAAAGGCGCUUUACGGCUCCAUCGAGGGCGAAGCCGCCGUCACCCGCCGAGGUCGCGUGCGUUUCGCCGCCAUCCCAGACAAUUUGAACCAGGCGCUGUCCGACAACCUGGCCGAGACGGCGGUUCCCGUCGACCAGUCUCGCAGGACCCAAUCCUCCGGCCGACAUUGA